UAUCAGUACACUUCGCCAUGCUGUUAUACGCUUCUCUCGUUGUCCUAUUUUGUGUAUAUUUUUAUUUAAAAAAGUCUCACAACCAAAUUAAUUUACGUAAGUUUCCUGAGCCCCCAGGGAAUCCACUUUUAGGUCACGUGUCUACUAUUACGUCAACCACACGCAUAAUAAACAACGUUUCACAAUAUAUCGAAAAUUACGGCAAAACUGUAACACUAAGAAUAGGGCCAACAUUUUUUCCCGUUUUGAGAACCUUGGUAACCACCGAUUACAAAUUUUUUGAAUUUGCAUUAGGCGGAAACAAAGUCUUAACAAAAUCUAUAAAUUAUCAGUUCUUGCGAGACUGGCUAGGGAAUGGAUUGCUGAUAAGCGACGGCGAUUACUGGAAAAGACACCGGAAAAUUUUGACACGAGCCUUUCAUACUGAGGUCCUAAAAGACUUUGUUAGCGUUUUUGAAUCCGUCGGUGAUGUUCUAAUCAAAAAAUUGGAGAAGUAUGACGGAAAACCCAGCGUUGAUGUACAUCGUUUGAUCACCUUAUGUACUCUAGACAUAAUCUGUGAAACUGCAAUGGGUACAAAACUGAACGUCCAAAGUGGGGAAAAUUCACGAUAUGUGCAAAGUGUGCAACAGAUGUGUCGAAUCGUGAUAGAAAGAGCCUUGUCGUCGAUAAAAUUUCUCAACUGCACGUUUUGGUUGUCCAACGACUACUAUAUUCAGAAAAGUGCGCUCAAAAUCUUGCAUGGUUUUACACUGAGUGUAAUCAAUUCCAAAAGAAACAAAACUGUACAUGGAGAAACCAAAAGAAUGGCGUUCUUAGAUUUGCUUCUAAAGGUUUCUAACGACGAGAAUGUCCUCAAGAUCGAUGAAAUUCAGGAAGAAGUGGAUACGUUUAUGUUCGAGGGACACGAUACAACAGCUUCUGGUAUUUGCUUCAUUUUGCAUUGUUUGGCCAACCAUCCUGAAGAACAGGAAAAAGUUCUACAAGAGCAAAAAAAACUGUUCGGAAUUGACAAAAAUCCAAUAGUAACUUGUUCAGAUUUACAAGACAUGAAAUAUUUAGAGUGCGUUAUUAAGGAAACUCUCCGGUUAUAUCCUCCAGUGCCGGUAAUAGGACGACUUACAACUGCAGACGUUAAAUUUGACGAUUGUUUGAUACCUAAAAACACCAACAUCGUUUUUUUCAUUUACGGUUUGCACAGAAGUUCGGAGUUUUUUCCAGAGCCGGAAAAAUUCAAACCCGAAAGGUUCCAAAAUUUCGACAGCGCUUUUCCGUAUGCCUACGUUCCGUUCAGCGCUGGUUCAAGAAAUUGUAUCGGUCAAAGAUUCGCCAUGUUGGAAAUGAAAAGUGUGAUUUCGAAAAUCGUGAGACAUUUUGAAAUUAAACCAACUUUGCCCAGACAUGAGCUGCAAUUAUCUGUGGAAGCGGUCUUGAAGUCGGUCAACGGGAUUAAAGUUACGCUAAAAAAACGAAAAGCUCUACAUGCCCUGAACAAAUUCUUCAGCUACGGCAAAACAGUAAAAAUCAGGCUUGGCCCGAGCAUUUUCCCCAUUGCGGAAGGUCUGGUAACGGAAGAUUACAACCUCAUCGAAUUUAUCCUCAGCAGCAACAAGUUUCUCAAAAAGUCUUUAAACUACUACUUUUUCAGAAGCUGGUUGGGAAACGGUUUGCUAGUGAGUAGCGGCAACUACUGGAAGAAGCGAAGGAAAAUUUUGACCCCAACUUUCCAUUUUGAGAUACUCAAAGAAUUCGUCGACGUGUUCGAAUCAGUCGGAAACGUCCUUGUUGACAAACUUGAGACGUACGAUGGGCAUCCGAGCGUUGAUUUACACCCAUUGGUCUCUUUAUGCACGCUGGACGUUAUUUCUGAAACUGCCAUGGGCACAAAAAUCAACGUCCAGAGUGGUCAAAAUUCUCAGUACGUGCAAAGUGUGAAAGAGAUGUGCAGAAUCAUCGUAGAGCGACUUUUUUCACCCAUCAAACUUUUUGACUUGACGUUCUUCUUAUCCAAGGACUACUACAUUCAACAGAAAGCGUUGAAAGUUUUGCAUGGUUUUACCAUGGGUGUGAUAAAUUCCAGGCAGAGGACACCCAUUAACACGACAACAAAGAAAAUAGCUUUUUUAGACUUGCUUUUGAAGAUUUCUCGAGACGAAAAUGCUCUCACUGUGGACGAAAUUCGAGAAGAGGUUGACACAUUCAUGUUUGAGGGACACGAUACAACAGCUUCUGGAAUUUCCUUCACGUUGUACUGUUUAGCUGAACAUUCUGAAGUCCAGGAAAAAGUCCUCGAAGAACAGAAAGCGUUAUUUGGAAACGAAAAAAAUCCAGUGGUUACUUAUUCCGAACUGCAAAGAAUGAAAUAUUUAGAAUAUGUAAUCAAAGAAGCUCUCCGUUUGUAUCCCUCAGUUCCAGUAAUCGGAAGACUAGCACGCGAAGAAACAGAGUUUGAUGGCUAUCUAAUACCCAGACACACCAACGUCCUUAUCUCCAUUUUUCAUCUACACAGAAAUCCCAAUUAUUUUCCAGAUCCGGAGGACUUUAAACCUGAAAGAUUCGAACGUUUUGACGGUUCUUUUCCUUAUUCUUUUAUUCCGUUUAGCGCAGGUUCUAGGAACUGCAUCGGGCAAAAAUUCGCCGUUCUGGAGAUGAAAAGUGUUAUUUCCAAGAUAAUUAGACAUUUUGAGAUAAGGCCGACUUUUCCGAAGCACGAACUGGAGUUGUCACUGGCGGUUGUUUUGAAAUCGGAAAAUGGAGUCAAAGUGGUUUUAAGAAAGCGAAAUUAAUUGCGUUAUUGCUUUAAAUUAUUUUUACAACAUGGAUUGUGUCAAGGUUUUGUCCUUGGACCACUGCUCUUUUUGGCGAUCAGAACUCCCUCUUUUAAUAUGAUUCAAACGCAACGUGCGUGAUAUCUAACAAUGCUAAACAUAUUUUUAAAUGUUAAUUAA